GAGUGUGAAGGCCAAGCUGACGUUUCGUACCCUGACGUCAAUUUAUAGUCCUCCGAGCUCGAAAUCGCGUAAACGUUCGGUAAAAAUUCUCGUCGAGCGAAUACGGGGCCCCCCGACAGUUUCACUUUGUCAUCAUCAAGUAGUGUGCUCUGGUCAACGACGUUCAUCAGAUAUUUGCCAACCAAUAAUAUUAUUAAUAUUAAUAUAGCGUGCAGUGACUAUGACAUAUUAAUAUUUUCCUGGUGAUGUGAUCUAAAACUAAAUCAGUACGAAAUAAAAACAAGUGAAAAAUUUGAUUGUUUUGUUUCGUUUCGCUUUUUUUUAUUUUUUGGAGUGAUUCAUUUUUUUAUUUCGCGAUUCUUAUUGAAUAUAUUCAUGUGACCUUUUCGGAAUUUAUAUUUGUGUUUAUGUGUGUGUGUGCACGCGUUAUUUUUCAACGAGAGGAGGAUAAAUAAAUUAUGUUAGAGAAAGAAAAAACGAUUUUUAGAAAGGCGAUUUAAAUAGCACGUGUAUUUUCUGGAUUUGUUUGUUGUUUUCAUUUUUUUUUACAUAUUAAUUUUUGGAUUUCUUUUCUAAAUAAUAUUUCGCUUGGAAAUUUAUUGAGUCAUGUUCGCGGUCGAACUCUUGGGACUUGUAAACGUUUAUUUAUUAUCGUGGAACCGAUAAACCGUUUUACUUUUGGUUUUUUCAAGGUCCAAAGAUCGCUGGCCACCAUUUUUUGUUACGCUUACGUUUCAUAAAAGUGUUGAUAAACAAUUCCUUUCAAAUAAUGGCUGAUUACAACGAGGAUUUCUUCUUUGAUCCCGGAAUUGCGAUUAAACAAGAACCCGUAAACGAAAACGUUACCAUUUCUGCGAGCGUCCCAAUCCCCGGACGUCGCCAAAUGGACUUAUCCGACCUCCAAGACGUCCAAUAUCCAUUCGAAGCGACUCAAUCCCCAUCAUAUCAAGACAUCUCCCAAUUACAAACUCAGUGUGAACCGAUUUUGGGGGCAAACACAAUGUGGGGCUCCCGAGACAUCGUCGAACCGAUUACCAAACAAGAAUGCAUGAAUUUAGACGAUUACGAAAUCUUUAACGUCGAUAAAUCCGAUUUGAUUCAAGACGCGAGUUUGGUCGAGAUGAACGCAAACGAUGACUUCUUAGAUUUAAAUUUUGACGAUUUAAUUUUACCAGAUGAAACUCUAAAUGGGUUGAUUCUCCAACAAUCAACGCCUCCAGUACCUAAUAGAUAUGUUUCUCCUAUACAAAACGUUGUUAAUAAUAAUUUUUCUAAUAAUACGAGUUUGUUGGCGAGUUCUUGUCCUUCUGGAGGGAUGGGUUAUUAUCGAGACGCGAUGGAAUUUACCAAUACAAAUAAUACUAAUUUUAAUCAAUUUAAUAAAUCUUCUUAUAUAAAUUUGAAUUUGAAUCAAAAUUUAAAUCAAAAUAACCGAUUAUUACCGAAUUCUUCGAAUCCUCCAAGCCCUGCUGGGACUUUAUCCCCCAAAAAAAGCGCGUUACACGAUUUAUUAAUGAAACCAUCUCAACCCGAAUCUCCAGUAUUAGGAAAAUUAACCCCCACGAAAUCAACAAGCCCCACAAUAAGCGGGAUCAACCCCUCGAUUGUUGCGAGGAUGGGAAAACCGUAUAACUCGAGAUUAUCAACUUCCGCACCGACGAAUUCAGCGAUGGAUUUUAUUUGGCAAAGGAGGGAGCCGAGGAAACAUUUGUUAUCAACGAGUUCGAUGGCGGAAGCUGGGAGUACUUCUUCGUUAUCAACUGGGGGGGUUUUGAGCCCUGAAGCGCACGAUUUUUCGCAUGAUGAGCAAGAAUUCGAAGAAGAUAGCGAUCAUUACGAGGAUUUUUCAUCAGAUGAUGGUGAUUCUGAUGACGAUGAAGAUCACGCUUCGAGACAAUCGAAAAAAGAACGUUUCUUUUGGCAGUAUAACGUCCAAGCGAAAGGCCCAAAGGGUCAACGUCUCGUCAUGAAAACAAAAAUGGAAAAUCCGCACGUUUUGCAUGAAAUAACCGACCCGGUUUUUAGCACGGAAUGCGCGGUUCGCGGAAUUAAGCACAGCGGGAAAGCUCGAAAAGGCGAUGGGAAUGAUUUGACGCCGAAUCCUAGGAAGUUGUUUAGUAUUGGGAAGGAAUUGGAUAAACUUGGUAGGAUUAUUAACGAUAUGACGCCGGUUAGCGAGUUGCCGUUUAAUGUUCGGCCGAAAUCGCGGAAAGAAAAGAAUAAAUUGGCGUCGAGGGCGUGUCGGUUAAAGAAGAAGGCGCAACACGAAGCUAAUAAGGUUAAGUUGCACGGAUUGGAGAGUGAACAUAAAAAAUUAAUGAGUAGUAUUUGCCAACUUAAACAACUCGUUGGGGCGAAAUUGCAAAGUAAUUCGUUGGAGGCGCAAGAACAGAUUAAUAGUAACAUAGAAAAGGUUUUAAAAUCAACGUCAAGAACAAGAAUAGCUGGACACACAACCGAUUAUGUUAAUAAAAUCCUCGAUCAUGUAAAAGGUGGAGUACCAAAUGGAGGUUUGGAAGAAAUUUAAAUGUUAAGAUAAAUAGAGAUACGACCAAAUUAUUAAAUCAUUAAGUUAUAAAGGAAUCUCCAUGCUAUUUUAGGCAUGUACCAAAAAGAUUUAAAAACUUAUUAAUGCUUUAAUUUUAACUUGUUAAUCAAUAAUUACAAUUCAUUAAGAAUUAUAGUUUAUUUUAGUUUUGUUUAGAUACGAUUUGUUUUAGUUAUUUAAAAUACUAAUUUAUUAUUAUGAUAAUAUUAUUGUAGAAGGAAAAGAUUUUUUUUAUAUAAAUACUUUGUUAAAUUGUUUUUGUCGUUUUGAGGGUGAUAUUAAUUAGGUUUAAUUAAUAUGUAAUUAGACUAGAUUUGAUUAAAAUGGUUUUAAUGAAUCAAAAAGAAAUGUAGUGCAAAAAUAACCUAAAACUGAAGCCAUUUCUUUAUGAACCUUGAAAAGAAAUAAGUAACAUAUUUAUUUGUGCCAUAUUUUUGAGCAAUUUCAUUCAAUAUUUGCAUUACAUUUUACAUUUUAAAUAGAUAUUAAGUUAAAUUUACGGUUAUCAUAAUUUAUUGAUAAAAAUAGUUCCUAUUAGAAAAUAAACUUAUGAAUCAAAUCCACAUUAAUUUGGGCUUAAAUUGAAAGGAAAUUGUAAAUAAUCUGUUCAAAUCUUGCCUUGAAAAAAUAAAAACGCUGAAAAGUUUUUAUCAAUAAAAUAUCUAAAACUAAAUUUAAUGUUAAUCGUAUUUUACUUGGCAAAUUUGAUUAAUAGGUUGAAAUUGGGAGUGGGGCAGCUUUUUACCCAUUUAAAUCACAGAAAAUAUUAUUUUAUAUACUAGAGUUGUGUUCAGUUUGUGAUAAAGGUUAGGUUUAGAGCUUUUUCGUUUAAGGUUGAAAUAUGUUAAUAAGUACAUAGUUUUUUUGUUAUUUUUAUAAAAAAAGCUGUUUAAAUUAACUUCUACAUCCUUUUUUUAACAAUAAAUAAGUAAAGUUAGUUUUAAUAAAACUAUGUACAGGGUAAUGAAGGUUUUUGUUGCUAUAUUUGACUUAAAAUGUAAAGAAAAGGGCUGUGUUUAGGUAGAGAAGUUAAUAUUUAAAAGAUUUAAUGUUGUUGGGCCAAGUAAAAUACAAAAAAUUGUUUAAAACUUGUUAAGUAUUUUAAUGAUGUUUAAUGAUAUAUUUAUACACCAAAUAGAUGUAUUUUUACAUAUUCAAGAAUACCCUUAACGUUUUAAUUAGCGUUUAAAAUUAAACAGUUAAAAGAAAA